CCAUUUUUUAUACAUAAAAUAAUGUGAUGUAGCCGAUUAUUCGCUUUGCUAUUAUUCCACGAAGGUUAUGAACGUUUGUCGCUCCAGUUUCAUGUCUGUCAAUGCGGAAAUCUGUCUCAAGCGACUAUACUGUGGCAGUUAUAAUGCCGAUUUCUUAAAAAUCUAGGAUCAAACUCACAUGAUAAGAGCCAUGGCGCAUCGAGUACAGGAGCUACUAGUCCAAGUGGUCUUGGCCAUCUUUCCCAAAGCAACAUUCGGCAAGCCGAGCUGCCAAUUGAGGGCAAGCGACGUGCCAGCAGAGGCAGAAGGUGGCAAUGGUUUCUGGUUGAGCUGGAGGCUUGCAGUGGAGGCGAACAACAUGAGCGCAUGGCGCACAGUCCCACCCCAGUGCCAGCGGCAUGUCGAGUCCUACAUGACCGGGGGGCAGUAUGAGCAGGACCUCAAACUGAUCGUCGACCAGGUCACAGCUUAUGCCAACGGAAUUACUGUGUCCAACGACGGCAUGGACGCUUGGAUCUUGGACAUUGAUGACACAAUCAUUUCCAAUAUGCUUUACUACAAGGGAAAGAGAUAUGGAUGUGACCCAUUCGAUGCGGCGGGGUUUAAGGCGUGGGCGGCACGAGGAGAGUGCCCAGCGAUACCGGCGGUGCUGGGGCUGUUCAAGAAGCUGGUGGAUGAUGGAUUCAAGGUCAUCUUGCUCACGGGCAGAGACCAAGAGACGCUUGGACCUGCCACUUUUAACAAUUUGCGUAAUCAGGGAUUUCAUGGCUAUGAACGGCUGAUUAUGAAGACGCAGGCUUAUAAAGGGCAAAGUGCGAUAACAUAUAAAUCAGACAUAAGGAGGCAAUUGGUGGAAGAAGGGUACAGAAUCUGGGGGAACGUUGGGGAUCAAUGGAGUGAUCUUCAGGGUCAAUUCAUGGGCAAACGGACUUUUAAGAUUCCUAAUCCCAUGUACUUCGUUCGUUGAGAGCAUUUUUAUUUUUUGGUCGGAACUUGAGAACAUUACAAACCGAUUAUUCCCAUAAUUUUCUGUACUUUAAUAAUGAAAAAAAAAAUAGUAUAUCGACCAAUUGUGUUUUUGAAUGACAAUGAGAAAAAAAAUACGGGAGAAAGAUUAUGGAAAGUGGCAUGUCCUCUUGUGACCGGUGAAUCAUCAUCAUCGUCAUCAUCAUCAUGACGACUAAAGUGCUUUAUUUUGCUAUUCGUGGUAACCAAAUCGACUCCUUCCAUCUUGGUAGGAGAAGAUUAUGCGAUAUUCUCCUGAUUUUGUGUUCUAUUCUUGUUAUGAGAAGAUUAUAUGAUAUUCUCCCGA